AACUCGGGAACUCGGACCUCUUUCAAGAGCUCGGACUUUCCGAUUUGAAUAUCACUGACGUCAUGAUUUGACCUUGUAUUUUUCCGAGUUCACAGUUGUUUUGAACCGGCCAUAAGCACAUGGAGUAAUGAGUAUAUUGUUGUUUUUUUUACAUGCAAAAGUGAUUGUUUUUGAUAAAAACGCUUUAUCUGCCUUCCCACCGAAGGCUAGUUCGGUCACUAGUUUGACUAUUAGAAUACAUAUUUUAUGGAAAAUAGAUGUGUUUAUGUUUCUGGACGAUGCAUCAUGCUACCUUGUUGACAACAUGAUCUAUUGGCGCAGAUUCCUGUUCGAGUUGAAACUGGCGCUCCUCCCUCACGGCUUUUGCCGGUUCGCGUCACGGGCCAUUGGCCGUUGCUACGCGGCUCAGGAUAGUAGAACUCCCUCAAGAGUUAACAUUUUGACACGUCAAUUCAUCAGUUAACUACACUGUACAGUAAGUACUUCGUGCUGCUACCACCUUUACCCUGUUGAGCAGGCAAAAUAGGGGGGGCCAGGCAAGGGAUUCACCUGGUAAAGGUAAGCCUUAAACUUGAUGACACGACUUGCAUUUGGGCUAUUUCACAAUAUUAGUGCUUUUUCAGAAUGGGAUUUCUUCUAUCCCACACUAGACUGAAUAUUUUAGGUCGACUUGAUGGUCAGUAAUAAUAAGCUGAGUGUAUUAAUCAAAGGCCAGGUUGCUUUCUUGGGUUAAAAUAUAGGUUUAUUUAUGUAACUGGAAAUAACAUAUUUGACCUUUUUUAAGAAAAUUCUGCAUCUUUGAUGCACUGUACACUCUUUAUGUAUGCUACACUCGUUAUGGUUAGCAAAAAGCAGGUACCAUCAAAAUAAAUCUCUGACCAGGAGUAAAAUGACAAUCUCCAUCAAAGUUGACAGGCUCGACCCAGACAACCAUUCUGCCAUUGCUAAUGCUAUAAAUGCCAAGUUGUCAUGUAUUGUCAUAUUAUGUCUUGUUCCUGUUCUUUCUCUUCACUCCGUCUCCCUCUGCUGGUCGUAUUAGGUUACCUUCUCUUCCUCUCCUUCCCCCAGCUGUUCCUCAUAUUCUCUAACUACCUCGUUCACCCUUUUCCCACCUGUUCCCUUUUUCCCUCUGAUUAGGUCUCUAUUUCUCUCUCUGUUCCUGCUUCUGUCUUUGUCAGAUUCUCGUUUGAGUUUCUCAUGCCAGAACCAAACUAUCGUCUUGUUUGCUUCACUCUUGUCCUGUCGGAAUCUACCUGUUCAUCUGAUGCUACGUGUGAUCAGGUACCUCUGUCCUCUUACGACCCGCGCCUACCCAGAGAGACCAGCAGUCUGUCGCCGCUCACCCAGCUAUUCUCCUCUGCUGCUAAGAAGGGGACUCUAAACCCAGCUAUUCUCCUCUGCUACUAAGAAGGGGACUCUUCUGUUAUAUUCAGAAGGACUUUAUGAUUCUUUUGUCGCCCUCUCUGCGGGUUGUCUAUUUUGCCAUUUUAUACAUCUGAAGAGGAUCUAUGUCUUCCCUGUGUUUUGACAUUAAAAGACUCUGUAUCUGUUAAACCGCUUUUGGGUCCUCACUCACGUGCAUAACACACGUUUUCAUCUGUAACCACAUCAUUACCUACACUAAACCUGUCAGACCUAACUGCAUUUUUGUCAGCUAUGCCACUCCCCACUGUUGAACCAUGGGAAAUGCACAGGAAACGACUCUCUGUUUCAACCAGAAAAGCCCCAGGUCCUGACCUCAUCAGUGGCAGACUCAUCAGGGAAGUCGCUGUUGCAAUAUCCACCCACCUGACUGACUUCUUCAAUACCUCCCUGUGUGAAGGAGUGUGUCCACAUCAAUGGAAGGAGACAAUAGUCCUGCUGCUGAAGAGUAAUCCACAGAGGAUUGACCAGCUACGGCCCAUCUCACUCACGCCCCUUCUGUGUGAAGGUUUUGUUGCUGAAUGGGCAACACAGGAUAUUCAAAAGAACAUCUCCAAACAACAGUUUGGCUGCCUCAAGGGACGCUCAACCACCCACUGCCUGUACAGAACAGCAGACACUAGAGGCACCUCCAGCACAUGGGUCCUGACAGACUACAGCAAGGCCUUUGCUCUUGUGGAUCACACAAUUGCAAUGAAACACCUUUUGCAAUUAUCUGUCCGACCACAGAUCCAUUCCCAUCCAUUCCUGCCGUAGCCAGGGCAGCCGGCCUCCCCCAGGGCACACGGCUUGGUCCAAUUGUUUUCGUGGCUCACGUCAAUGGCGCAGGACCCCAGGCGAGAAGAGAAUGGUUGCAUUCGGAAAGAUACUCCCAGUAGUUGCCAAGUUUUCACAGGUAUGAAUUUUCCUCACCACUGCAACACCGACUGGAUACUCGCCCGUGGACCCAAAUUGACCUAUGACCAACAGAAAAAUCUCACACUUCCAAUGAAUGAUGUCGGGGAAUAUGAGAGCUGUCGUAUGUUCACACCGGUGGACUUGGACUUGGAAACAAUUCAAGAGCAAGGAAUCAACAGCACCAUAUAUUGUACAGAUGGGUGGGUUUAUGACACACCCCAAGGAAACCCCACUCUGGUGACAGAGUUUAACCUGGUGUGUGACAACAAAGGUGUGAGUGAGGCAUCACAGUCCAUCUACAUGACUGGCCUCCUAAUAGGGUCCCUGGUGUUUGGACCUAUGGCAGACAGGUUUGGUCGUCGCUUCGCCAUCCUCGUUUCCCUACUCUUCCAAUUGCUGUUUGGAGUGGCCGCUGCCUUCUCCCCCAACAUCUAUGUCUACAUUAGCCUUCGGUUCGUGGUCGGCAUGACAAUAUCAGGCAUCGCCAUGAACACAUUUGUGCUAGGGGCUGAGUGGACCAGUACAUCUAAGCGGGCCCUCUUCACCAUCCUCUCACAAUGUUUCUAUGCCGUGGGGCUGAUGUUGCUGCCGUGGAUCGCCUACGGGGUCCGCAACUGGAGGGCCCUGCAGCUGGUGCUUUCCAGCCCUGUCCUCCUACUGGCUGUCUACUUCUGGAUUCUCCCAGAGUCGGCCCGUUGGCUACUAACUCAAGGCAGGCAGAAUGAGGCCAGACAGGAGCUCCAGAGGGCAGCUGCGGUCAACAGGAGAGAGGUCCCCCAGUCAUUACUCGACAUGCUGGAGGCUGAGAACACGUCUACAACGGGCAGUAUGAUGGACCUCUUCAAGAUACCCAACCUGAGGAAACGUGCUCUCACCAUGAGCUUCAUCUGGUUUGUGACCAGCCUGGUCUACUUCGGUGUGAGUCUUAACGUGGGACAAUUUGGCCUGGACAUCUACCUGACCCAGUUCAUCUUUGGCCUGGCAGAGAUUCUUUCUCGCCUGGGCUGCUACACCCUCCUGGAGCGCCUGGGCAGGAGGCCCUGUCAGGCAGGCACUCUCUUCUUUGGUGGAGCAGCUUGUCUCCUAAUUCUUGCUAUUCCUGAAGACCUUCCAGUAUUGGUGACGGUCAUUGCAGUGACUGGAAAGUUUGCUAUAGCAGCCUCCUUCACUAUUGUCUAUGUAUAUACUGCUGAACUCUAUCCUACCGUUGUAAGACAGAAUGGUGUGGGUCUGAACUCCAUGUGUGCCCGUGGGGCGGGCAUCCUGGUCCCUCUGAUGCAUCUGCUAGAGGUGUACCACCAGGCCCUGCCCAUGCUCAUCUGUGGCCUCCUGCCCUUCAUCGGCGGGGGGCUGUGUUUUCUACUGCCAGAGACCCUCAACACUGAGCUCCAAGACUACAUAGACCCACUCGUGGAGGAGACAAUAACAUCAGAGAGCGGGACUAUUGAAAACGGACUCGAUGAGGAGGAGAAACCAACUGAAUUGAGGAGCUCAAAAUUCUGAUCACUGUCUGGUCCAUACUCUCUGGAGGUGUGAGUUAGUUAUUACUCUAAAAUAUCUCUUGUUUUUUAUAAAUGAUACCACCCUUUUGGGACUAAUUAUUUGUUUAAAUGAAUGAAUAAUACAAAAUGAUUGAUGUUGUGUAUAAAAUAUGGACCCAUCACAAUAUGAAUCUUGGUGAUCAGGGGUGCCAUGGGGGGGAUAAUUCUAAGGGCCUGUGACUGAGGGCCCCUAAAAAAAUAUUAGAACAUUAGGUUAAAAAAUAUAUAGAUGUUUUAGCCGACAUCAAUACAGGCAAACUUUUAGCAAGCUAUUCAUACUAAAUCACUUGCCCCUGCUUGGUGCCAGGCCCAACAGAUGCAGCUUCAGGCCCAGCAGCCCUGUCUCCCCAUCCCCAUACCCCUGAACCAGCCCUACUCCCAACCCAACCUCCCAAAGGAGGUGGGCAGCAUUGUCAAUUGGCAUAAUUGCAGGUACUGCAAUGCAUUGAGGACAGGAACAUUUCUCUGACACAGAGGCAGCCAAUAUCAGAGCCUUAAAGGAAGAGAUGCAGGCUCUUAGAGAUGGAUGGGAGUCUCUCCUGUCUGAGGCAACACUGAUUGCUAUGCAAAUGGGUGUUGCACCUCAAUUUAGCAAGGAACACAGCUGCCAGAGGAAAAGGAAGAGAUUCCAUGAUGAGACCUCUCAAGAGGAGACAGCUCAGGACAGUGCAACAACGGUGUUUCGGAACACAGUGUUUUUUUUACUGCUAUGGACACCAUCACAAGUGACUUUGACACUAGGUUCCACACCACUGAAACAAUUGUAGAAUCAUUUUCUUCUGUUCUGAAAGUUGGGCAGAUUAGUGAGGAUAAAGUCCCUUCUGUGUGCCAACCACUGAUCAUGAGGUAUUCCAGAGGUUUUACACCUGAGUUUCAAAAUGAAGUAAGACACCUGAACACUGUAUAUGCUGCCACUUUCCCCCUAUCUUGUACCCUCUUGGUCUCCUGAAUGCAAUUUGGAAGAUGCAGCUGCAAAGCAUUGUUGGAGAAGUGUGCAUUGCUUUACCUAUAUUUUGCACACUGCCUAUGACUGUUGCUGGUGGUGAGAGAGCUUUCAGUAAGCUAAAACUGCUAAACUAUUUGAGGUCCAUUAUGUCCCAGGACAGGCUUUGCAGUCUUGCCAUGCUGUCCAUUGAAAGUCUGUUAGCUAGAAAGCUGGACUUCAAGACUUGAUCAGUGACUUUGCUAUUAAGAAGGCCCGGUGCUGGGCUCUUGGUGAGUAAGGCUGAGCAAGAGCCAGUGAGAACUGUUAAAUGGCAUGGAUAUUGGAUCACUACACACAUGAUGCCCACAGGCUGAGAACCAGACAGAACAGGAUGUAUCUCAAAGUAAUGGCUGGAUUGCCAUAAAAUAUGUUGUGCACGAUCAAGACCCCAAGUGAAAGAAACUUAUUGAUUUGGUGACCACUUGACCUUUCCUCUAGCGCCACCAUCAGGCCUUUUCAUUUCCGUUUUAUUUUCCAUUUUCAGUUUCCACUUUUACAGCAGCUUAUUUUCCAGUUGGUAUGUAAUACUUAGUUAAAAAAUCUGCUGCUGAUUUUAUUAUUUUGUUUGUUAUAUCAUUCUAUAGAUGAUGUUAAUUUAUUGUAGUUGCAUAGGAUAAUGUAUAUUUAAGUUAUUUAUUUGAAGUUAUUCAUUAAUGUUAAGAGAAUUUUCCAUUCAAGAAUUGUACCAUUAAAAUUUCAUUUAGACUGUAAAAGAUGGCCUUUAGUACAUUUCUUAUAGAGGGUAUCAGUCUUUGAACAAAUAUUGAAUUCCACUGUAUGCAGAAUGUUGCAUGCAUGUCGGCACAGUGUUAUAUUUUCACAGCUC